AUGUCUUUCCUGGAAGAGAAGCCGUUUUUUCGUGUUACAACACGUUCUAUGAAGACUACUUUUCGAUCGAUACUGUGGACAGUUCUCUUGCCUUGUUUCCUCGUGUCACGCGAUAUUAUGGCUGAUACGGGCAAAUCUAAUGCUUGUUUUCCUAAUUUAUCACAAUCGUCUUCCUUGAAGGAUAUGGAUUUAGUAAACUGGUUGGAAAAGAAGUUGAACGAUGCUGGUGUGUGGUCGGGGCGUAUGACUGCGUCAAUGUUGUCUAGAGAAAUGCUCGAGGAGUUGGAGACGUGUUUUCAGGCUAUCGAUGUACAAACAAAGCUCAAAAUAAUAUGUUGCAUUCCUCAUAUGAAUCCACGAAAGAUGAGCAUGGUCCAUUCUGCGCUCACAACACUACUUGAUCUUGCAAGCAAGGAUGCCGAUGACUGGGUUGAAACAAUCGCGGAUAUGUACAGGGACAUCACAUCGACCGGGGUCAUCAUUCCUGUAUCUACUAACAAAGAUUCUCACUUUGCUAAAACAUUGGAAGACCUAACAAAAUGCUUUCAACGACAUCUUGAAGCUGGUAAUUUGAAGCUAACACCUGAAGGACACAAUAUAGGAAGCGCUUCCGUGAACAAGGCAAGUUUCGGUCCUCCACCUGAGUUACAGAAAUGUUUCAUACUCAGAAAAAAACCCAAAUCCUUCAAUCUGUCGAAUGACAUGACAAAACAAUGCGCGAAGCUAGCGGACACGAAUCGAGAGCGGAAUAAUGGUCUAUGGAGUGCAUCCGUCCCCAUAAAAAUACGGUCAACGUUACGAACAGGAAACAACGAUUUACCUAUGAAGGGAAUCCCCACCCAGAACACUUGCAAACUGAACUCCGGAUUCACUUAUGAACCUAAAAAGUUCCAGAGACAGCUUUCAAAGCGUGAAGGAGGAGCGAAAUUAUUGGACAUUUGCGAAUUGCCGCAGUCGCUGAAAAAGCGCCGGCAACAGGAAAUGAUCGAAGAAAGGAAGAGGAAGCAAGAGGAAAAGGAGUUGGCUAAGAAGAAGGCUCUGGAGGAUAAAAAAGAGCGAGAAGAAGCUAAAAAAGCUGCACAGCAGAAACUUCAAGACAGUUCGAGAAAGCCGGUUGAAAAGAAGCCUCGCAUGGAAAUUGUUCGCAAUCCUUCUAUCAGCGAAGAAAGUGACCAGGUCAACAGCCCCACUACAUCAAUGAUGCCAGAAUAUCCAUCAUCAGAACCGUCUGUUUCUUCUAACAGUAACUAUCCUGAAAAGGUUGAAAGACAGCAAGCUAUGGUGGAACCUCAGCAAGAAAUGCGACACCAACAUGACAACUUCGUCAAUAGAGAGCCUAUAGAUCGUGCCCCACAUCCACGUGUUAUGCAAAAUAACCCUACCUCUCAUCAGCAGCAGUAUAUCGCACACCCUGCUCAGCACGCAUCUCUGGUUCAUCGAAAUCCUCCCCCUGGUUACGGUGCCAACCAAGUCUGGGUUAGCACACCUGUUCGUGAUCUGCGGACACCUGCUCAGCGAGCUCGUGAGGCAGCAAUCAUGAACCAAUGCAACGAAAUGCUUCGUAAUGCAAAUUCUCUUGAUCAGAAUGGACGGCAGUUGGUGGUAGCUUUUAUGACAGGGAAUAAGUGUAAUCCACGACCGGAGCUCGGCCACAUAAUCACGAUGAAGCUUUCCGAAACAAUCGAGGAUGGGUUGGCAGACAAUCAAAUGUGCAAAAUGAAGGUCGAGACAUUCUUCCAGAUGGAUUAUCAGAGUGGUGAAUGGAAACGACUACGUAAAUGUCGAUUACUUCAACCACAUGAGCUUAAUAGUGCUCCUGAACAAUACAUGUUUGCUCCUCCAGAGGACUACCAUUCACAAGUCAGCGUCAGGAGAAGCAUAAAUUUGUGCCCUCAGCCGCAACAGAACCAGAAGAACGACUGGAUAUCAAGGGACUCUGUAGAGGCGAAGCGAAUAGGUCCUCCAAAAUAUCAGGAAUGGGAAACGUGUCGCUGUUGA